AUGGAGUCUCGCUCUGUCGCCCAGGCUGGAGUGCAGUGGCACGAUCUCGGCUCACUGCAACCUCUGCCUACCGAUAGCAAUUCUCCUGCCUCAGCCUCCCAUGUAGCUGGGAUUACAGGCAUGCACCACCACACUUGGCUAAUUUCUGUAUUUUUAGUAGAGAUGGGGUUUCACCAUGUUGGCCAGGGGCUUGAGCUCCUGACCUCAAGCAAUCUGCCCUCCUUGGCCUCCCAAAAUGCUGGGAUUACAGGCAUGUGCCACCACCCCCAGCUGAGAAAUUAA